AUGGAGAGUCUGGAUGAUCGGUUUGGCGGAACCAAGAGCUGGUCCCCCUGGCAACAUGAGGCCAACCACGGAUCUAUGGAACGCUUGAGGGUUUUCGUGGCCACGGGUCCGCAGUACAAGCUCUGCGUCACCAAACAUGCUUCGCAGGACGGGCUCUGCGAUACCAACUGUUCCCCGCAGGACGGGCUCUGCGACAUCAACUGUUCCCCGCAGGACGGGCUCUGCGACAUCAACUGUUCCUCGCAGGACGGGCUCUGCGAUACCAACUGUUCCCCGCAGGACGGGCUCUGCGACAUCAACUGUUCCCCGCAGGACGGGCUCUGCGACAUCAACUGUUCCUCGCAGGACGGGCUCUGCGAUACCAACUGUUCCCCGCAGGACGGGCUCUGCGUUAUCAACUGUUCCCCGCAGGACGGGCUCUGCGAUACCAACUGUUCCCCGCAGGACGGGCUCUGCGUUAUCAACUGUUCCUCGCAGGACGGGCUCUGCGAUACCAACUGUUCCCCGCAGGACGGGCUCUGCGAUACCAACUGUUCCCCGCAGGAGACCGCUGCGAUAACAAGUUCUCUGCAGGAGACCGCUGCAUCACCAAGUUCUCCGCAGGGGGAAGCUGCGACACCAAGGAACUCUAGCGAAUUGCAGGCACCUCUACGUGGUGCUAGGGACCAGUAUUCAACUUUCGCUCUGCAGUUGAAGAAGCCAAGACCUGCUCCAACAUCGAUAGUUCACUUUUGUAGGCUCGGGCCAUAG